AUGGAGAGCGGAUGGCAUGUAGGCAUCGGCAUUAUGCCUGAUGCUGCAGCAGCUAAUCACAUUGCUUCUAACCACGCGCAUAGGGCUUCUCGGUUUGGGGAUGUUGGUGGCCAGUUGGAUGGCGUCCAGGCAUCUCUAAAACCUCCUCAUCCAGUGAGCAGAUCAAAGAUUCCUGAGCAUGAGUUUCCGGCUGUUCCGGCGCAACUCAACACCCCUCAUUCUGCAGCUAUGGCAUCGAUGGCUUCAGUGGCUCAUCAGCCGGGAUAUGAUCUAGGUCCGUUCAAAGCUCCUCCCAACCCACAUGGCAUUCCAUAUUAUUACCCCGGGGGCUUUGGCCAUUUCGAUGCAGCAGCGGCAGCAGCGCUCCCUUCGGAAAGCGCAAUGCAGGGGGCAGGCCCGAUGGGGUAUCACAUGCUGCCGAAUGGCAAGCGACCGAGAGAGGCUAUUGAAGGAAUCAAUGUACCUGCUGGUGCCCACCAAGAUGCUUUGAUGGAACUUGCAAGAGAGAAUUUGCUUCUGAAGCAUCAGUUGCACGUUGCCUCGCUUGAGGUCAACAGGCUGAAGCAAGUGUGUGAGAACUACGAGCUUCUCCAGCAGGACAAGAAAGAUGCGAAUUGCAAGUCUCAGAGUCGAUACUGGACAGACGAGGAGCAUCAAAGAUUUCUUGAUGCUAUUCAGAAAUUUGGGCACAAAGACGUGAAGGCUAUUUCGCAGGUUGUGGGCACAAGGAGCGCAACGCAGGUUCGGACUCACGCUCAAAAGUACUUCAUGAGGCUUGCUCGCUCGAGCAAACAAGAAUCGAACAGUCUGGACAACUCGAAUCCUGACCAAGACCCGUCGGAGGUUACUGAAGAUCAGGCGAACACAUCUAUGGAGGCGGCAGCGGCUGCUGCAGCUGCGGCUGGUGAGGCAGGAACUUCUGCUGCUGCUGCCGCGGCUUUCGUUGCAGCAACAAACAGUAAACAGGGAAGUACGAUUUCCAAGCAACGAUCACAAAGCAAGCCACAUGUACAGAUUGAGUUGGAUGGGAAUGAAGAAGUCAGUAUUCCUAAUCACAUGCAAGUGGAAAGACCAUUCAAAGCCACUCGAAAGGGUCCUGGUUCCCCUGGGUCCAUGGACAGUAGUGGCUCUGUUGGGAGCUCUGAUGGCACUUCCAACGGCAAUGGGUCGCAGGGCAAGCAGUCGUCCGAUACGACCAACGGGAACGGCUCGGCUAGAUCGAGCAACAGCAACGGGCACAGCAACGUGGGGAGCUCUUCCGACAGAGGGGACAGCAACAACGGGGCGUCGUCUAACGAGGGAUCGGACCCAGGCUUCUUCGAUCCUGGGGCCGAAGACGAGGACAACUUUGCGGAUGAGCUUGCAGAUCAAGGACUUUGA